UAAGAGACAGCCCUGCUCAUACAGAGAGAGGGAAAGAGGCUGAGACACAGCUCCCCUGGCCUCGCCCUCUCUCCUCCCCCUGGGCUGUCUCUCACUCCCUGUCUGCACUCAGUCUCGGGCACUCAGAGACUCUACGAUGGACCCAGCUGCACCAGCCACUCGAAUGACGUCAUCCUUUACCAUUAAUAUAUCAACUCCCUCUUUCUAUAACCCUCAGAAGAAAUUUGCCCCGGUGGUGCCUCCAAAGCCAAAAUUAAACCCAUUUAAGGCAUCAGAUGGCUCUGAAUCCCUAAACUCCUCUGCAGGUUCCCAAGAGCAAUCCUCAGGACCUGGGAUUCAUCGUGCAUUUGUGGGCAAAGUUGGUGAAUUCCCUAUGCCUGCCCUAACUGGUGGUGAUAAUGAAGAUUUUGUGCUCCCACCUCCACCACCUGCUGAGGACACCUUAGGGUCUCCAACCUCUUCCUUCCCUCCACCACCACUUAAUUUUGGAGAUGAUGUACUUGGGUCCCCAACUGGAAGCUUCCCCCCUCCUCCUCCUCCAGACUUUCCUGAACUUUUCCCACCCCCAGCAGAAUACUCUUUUCCAUCACCACCUCCUCUGGAGGAGACAUCUCCUGAAGCAAAGGACAACCAGGUUAUUCCUAGCGAAGAUCCUAUUUCUGUUGUUCCUGCUCCUCCUCCAGCCCCUCCAAUGUUUACCCCCAAACCUGUACCUACAGCCCCUUCUAUCUUUUCUCCUAAACCUGCUGCUCCUUCACCAGUUGCCCCCAAGCCAUCUGUCCCCUUUAUCCCUAAAGCUUCACACACCUUCUCCCCUACCCCUGUAACGCCCCCAUCUACACAGACACUUUCUACUAAACCCUCUGCACCUUCCACUUUUUCACCAAAACCAGUUGCUCCCCCCACUUUUUCCCCUAAACCUGUUACUCCUCCUACUUUUAUCCCUAAGUCCAUCGCACCUCCAACAUUUUCUCCUAAACCUUCUUCUACUCACACUUUUACUCCCAAACCAUCUGCCCCCAACACAUUUUCCCCAAAACCAACAGAAUCUACUACAGAAGCGCCCAAUGCUCCGCAGAAAUUCACACCACAGCCAGUUACAAAACUAAACUCCCAUGUUACAGCUGAAGCAGUCGCUUCACCACCUCAGUCAGGUUCACGACCAACUGGAUUCAACUUUGUGCAACAAAGGGAAAAGCCACGCGUUCUAGAGAAGCCAAUGGCUGUGCAGGAAGUAUCGCAGCCUGAAAGUGCCAAGUGUUUAAAGGACCAUGGUGACAAUGGCAGGAAUUAUGGGUCACAACCUGAAAGUGUAAAGAACCUGCUACCCCAGACUAAGAAUGGCAGGAGCUGGGUGGCACCAUCAGAGAAUGUCCAAAGCCUAAGUAACAAGCCUGAAAAUGGCAGGAGUUUUGGGUCCCAGCAAGAAAUUGGGAGAAAUCUGGGAAGUACUGCACAGAACCUGAAACCACAGCCAGAAAGAUUUCAGAACCAAAGACCAGUGCCUGAUGCCAACCAGAAUAAAGUACCGAUGCCCAUUUCUCACAGACAACCAGAGGCGGAUCAGGCUUCAGGGCCACAAGGGCUAAACAUGAAGGAAGUGGAGGAGCUGGAAAUGCUGACUCAGCAGCUCAUGCGGGAAAUGGAUAAUCAGCCCAGCGCUGAGACGCACAGCAUGGAUCUUUGUCAUUUCUGUGGAAAAGGGCUGUCCCGUACAGAGACCGUAGUGCGAGCUGGAGAGCAUCUUUAUCAUGUGACCUGCUUUACGUGCUCGAAAUGUGAUCAGCAGUUACAGGGUCAGCAGUACUAUGAGAGCGAAGGGAGACCGCUUUGUGAGGAGUGCUACCAGGACACGUUAGCAGUUUGUGCCGUUUGCGAGAAGAAGAUUACAGAGCGUUUAUUGAGAGCUAUGGGGAAGGAGUAUCACCCAUCGUGCUUCAUGUGUGCCGUCUGCCGUCGUUCAUUGCAAGGAGAGCCUUUCAUUGUUGAUGACAUGAACCAACCACAUUGUGUAGCAGAUUAUCACAGACGAUAUGCCCCUCGAUGCUCUGUGUGUGGAGAGCCCAUUGCUCCUGAACCUGGGCGAGAUGAGACUGUGAGGGUGGUCGCUCUUGAGAAGAAUUUCCACAUGAUGUGCUACAAGUGUGAGGACUGCGGUUGCUCUCUCAACAUUGAGGCAGACGAUUCUGGAUGCUUCCCAUUGGAUGGUCACGUUUUGUGUAAGAAGUGCCAUACUGUGCGUGCCCGAGCUGCUCUCUCGUGAUCCCUCAGACCCAGCCAAUUUUACUAUCUUUCUCAGUUCUCACCAAAGACUCACGGACCUCCUAAUGACUCCGUCCACUAUGCUGCUUUACUCCUUAGUUCAGUGUUAUGGAUAUUAACCAGUUUACAGCUUCUGCAGAGCCUGCUAGUAAGCUGUCCAUUAACUGCUAACUACUAGUUACAACAUUUUUGCUUUUUUUUGCCAGAAAGUUACUUUUACUUUCCAAUAUGACUGAUCUUCUGGAACAUUUUUCUUUAUGCAAUUCUUUUUCUUUGUUUAUCCAUCUCAUUAUCUGGAACUAUUUCCUUUAAUCUAUGCACAACUGUUCCAAGGUUAGCAGCAGGACAAGGAGUGCACGAGGUGACUUUAUUAAAGAUGCCAAAUAGGGACCCACCACAUAGGGGUUCCUCUUCGUAUCAUUGUUAUAUGAAUGGGAUCGCAUCAAAGAGUGUCAGAGCGUACCAAAGAGAGAGAGCUGGAAAUAAAGGUUUAUUGUGAGUCGCCUUAAAAAGGCUCCGGCUGACCAUUGUCUUGAAAACAAGCGGGGCGGGGAACUGGGACUGUACCAGGGUUUGUACUUUUUUGUCGGGGUGGGGUUUAGGGCUUUUACGCAAUCAAUAAACAUUUUUAUACAAAAA